CCUGUAUCCUGGGAUCGGGGCGCCGUGGCGGGGUUCCAUGUGCUGGCCCCGCGGCCUGAGGGGCUGCGGCUGCGGGCUCAUUUUUAAUGUAGGCGGAGGAAGGGGGCCUGUUUGAAUACCGGAUUCUCCUCUGGUAGCAUUUUGAGCAUGGCUUCCUUCGGGUGGAAGAGGAAGAUUGGUGAGAAGGUAUCCAAGGCCACGUCCCAGCAGUUUGAAGCUGAAGCUGCUGAUGAGAAGGAUGCAGCUGAGAAUGAGGAUGGGAGCUGGCUCCACGCCAGCAAACGCAGGAAGGAAACCCUGCGGGAAGGCUGUAAACAGAAGAGUAAACAGCUGAAGGAUGAAGGAGCUAGUCUGGCCGAAAACAAGAGAUACCAGGAGGCAAUUCAAAAGUGGGAUGAAGCACUACAGCUGACCCCAGAUGAUGCCACACUUUAUGAGAUGAAAUCACAGGUCCUGAUGUCUCUUCAUGAGAUGUUUCCAGCAGUACACGCAGCAGAAAUGGCUGUCAAGCGGAACCCGCACUCGUGGGAGUCCUGGCAGACUUUAGGCCGUGCUCAGCUUGGAUUAGGAGAGAUAGUCCUGGCAAUCCGAAGUUUUCAAGUAGCCCUCCACAUAUAUCCAAUGAACCCUGACCUAUGGAAGGAAGACCUUUCCUGGGCAAGAAAGCUCCAGGAACAGCAGAAAGUAGCACAGAGGAUUGAAAAAAAAGAAAUUCCACCCGAAGGAACAGACAUGUCACCAGAGUCAAUCCCUGACUAUGACUUUGAAAGUGAUGAGAUUGUUGCUGUUUGUGCAGCUGUUGCAGAAAAACAGAAGUCAGUGUCUGCAAAUAAAACAAUGGUUGUGGUGUCAGCUUCUGGGACUGUAGAGAUAGUGAAUGAGAAGGCAGAGGGUUCUUCCACCCCAGAUGGCUCCGUCUUUAUCAAAGCCCGAUGAAGCCGUGCGCAGGGAAAGGUGUUUGAAUCUACCUUUUCUUUUUUGAUUGCUACUUAAUGCUUAGAUGACAUAAGGAUACCCACUCUGGAGGAAGAGGGGAGAACUCCUGUUUCUAAAAUGGGUUUUUGAGAUGAAGCAUAUAAAAAUCAAGUAAUGGCAUUAUUAUCCUUUAGGGAGUGGACUGUGCUUCUGUACGUUCAGUUCAGACUUAAGGUCAGCAUCUUAAGUGAGAUGGGUUCUGAUUGAAAGCAUUUAAUUUGACUGUAUGAGAGAGCACACUUAAAGACACAGUUUGGAAACCGUGUUCUUGAAUAGUGAGUAGCGGGACAGGCAAGUGUUACUGCAGUGCUGACCUGCAGACUUGGUUUCGUGAUAAAGGAAGUCUGUGAUUUCUUUCCCUCCUGUAAAUCUGCUGUUGUCUUUCUUCCAUUUUUCUUGCUUCACUAGCAUAAGUUUUCACAAACCUUGAAUGUUUCUGACAUUCAUUUAGAUUCAAAGUUAUAACUUGGUUAUAUAUGAAUAUUUGAAGUAUUUGAAAGUUUGCCUAAAAUGCAUGCAAAUGUGUGCUUCCUGAGCAUUUCUUUGAACUUUUUUGUUGUUGUUCUAAUUUGUGCUUCUGUUUUGACGUUGAAGUUAAAAAGUACUAACUGUCAUCUUCAGUAUUUGAUGAUUGUAUGAAUACUGGUAUGUCUGAGUGAUGUUUCAUUUUACUGUUAAGACUGAGUCAUUUUUACCACAAGUCAGUCAUUUGUAAAGAUGAAUGGCAUUUACAGAUUGUCAGUAAAUUCUACUCCGACAUUACCUGGCCAAAAA